CGACGACAAAUCUGGCGCAUACUUCGACGACAAAUCUGUCGCCUCCUUCCCGAGAACAAUGGCAUUUCAAGAACUGCACGUGCCAUCCGAUCGACACUCGCUUCUUGUCUGCGGUUGUCUCGCUCGUCGUUCAGGUGGCAGUGUAGUCAAAAGUGCUAGGCGUUAAAAGACGGUUUUGAAAAGCCCGAAUUGCUAGAAGCUUUGUUAUUUUAAAAUGCUCGAGACAUUAGGUGCUUGGAAGAUCAACUAUUGAUUAUAGGUCAACUAUUUAAAAUGAAACAAAGGAGAGGGUGACUGAGAGGGCAGUGGAUUUCCGAUGAUGAAGAGCUGAGAGACGAAGAGUGCAGUGGAUUUCCAACGAUGAAGAGUUGAGAGAUGGGAGUACCGAUGAUGAAGAAGAAACGAUGGCCGUCAGAUUGAAGGUAGGAAACUUUAGAUGCCUGCUUGAGAUAUCAUAGAAAUGUCUGAUGUGAGAAAUCUGUGAUGAUGGAUGUCAUUAGACAAAUAGCUCCGGAACAAGCUGCAGGAUGGAACGUCUCACUGAAGCUUCAACGAAGAAUUCAGCUACUGAGGUGGCGAGCAGGUUUUAGGCUUAAUAAUUGGUGACCGUCAAUUUUGCACCUCUUCAACAGUCGUUGCGGGCCGCACUUGAAAAGCCAGUGAGGAAGCCACGCCGGACAAGCGGAGUUUGGAGUCGGAGACUAGGGUGCUAUGUUCGCCAUUUCAUCGUUUAUUCUUAUCCCCUUCGUCCGCCACUGCCUGCCUCCUUAUACAUGCACGCCGCCACCAUAGCUUACCGCUGGCAUGGGAUCAUGAAGGAGGAAGAGCAGCAGCACGGCGAGACGCUCGUCUCGCCGACCGGGUUCCGGGUUCCGGCGGAUCGUGACGUCCGGCCGGCGCCGAUUCCCGGCUCAUUCCACCGUUCUGGCUUCGGCAUCUCCCGUGCUGGAGACCAUGCUGCACCGACCACGCAAAGGUGGCAGUAACCGAGAAAUGGAGAUCCCCGUUCUUGGCGUUCCCUGCGAUGCUGUUCAUGCUUUCCUCCGUUUGCUCUACUCCGCCAGGUGCGUGACGCUUGGGGAGGAGGAGAUCGUCGGGGAGCACGGGAUGCACCUGCUGGUGCUGUCGCACGCGUACGGGGUCGGGUGGCUGAAGCGCGCGUGCGAGCGGGUGCUGUCGUCGCGGCUGACCGCCGAGGGCGUGGUGGACGUGCUGGUGCUGGCGCAGCAGUGCGACGCCCCCCGCCUGCACCUGCGGUGCAUGCAGCUGCUUGCCGAGGACUUCGCGGCGGUGGAGCAGACCGAGGCCUGGCGGUUCCUCCGGGACCACGACCCCUGGCUGGAGCUCGACAUCCUCCAGUUCCUCGAGGACGCCCACCUGAGACGGCGACGGCUGGGGAGGAGGAAGGCGGAGCGGAGGCUGUACAUGGAGCUGCACGAGACCACCGAGUGCUUGCGCCACCUCUUCAAGGAUGGGUGCGCGGCGCUGGGGCGCUCCGGCAGGGAGGAGGAGCGGGCCCGCUGCCCCAACCCCGUCACCUGCCGCGGCCUACGGCAGCUCGUCCGCCACUUGGCGUCCUGCGACGGCGAGAAGAGGCGCUGGUGCCGUCGGUGCAAGUGUCUCUGGCAGCUCCUCCGCCUCCACGCUUCCACCUGCACCGAGCUCGACGACGCCUCCUGCGAAGUUCCCCUCUGCAUGCAAUUCAAGCGGAGGAUGCAGCGUAGGGAAGGCGAAGAAGCGGAUGGUGAUGACAAGUGGGGGAUGCAGCGUAGGGAAGGCGAAGAAGCGGAUGGUGAUGACAAGUGGGGGAUGCUGGUGAAGAAGGUGGUCUCAGCUAGAGUUGUGUCCCACUUGGUGAAGAAGCACAAACAACCGGUACUGUAUCCAGGGGAUUCAAACUAGAACAGCAGCUUUAGCCGAGUAGUUCGCUUGGUUGCUCCUCCUACUCUUAUGUUGCUUUGUUCUUCGGUUCACCAUCCUUGUCUUGUGUAAAUUUAGUCAGGUAUAUAU